GCUGUCAGUUCGUCCAAUUCACAUUUAUUGUUUAUUGUUUUUUGGUGUUGUAAUUGUGAUUCUAUAAUUUUCCACGCAGUAAUGCAAUUAUUUAAUAAUUUUGUGCUUGCUACAAAAUAUUCCCUAACUUUUAGCAGAAUCAAUGGAAUUUGGUUAAGAAAUAUACAAUGUCGAUGUUUGUCUUCAAUUCAAGAAAAUUCAACGGCAAAGAACUCCUCCAAUGUUCCGGCAGCAAAUGCUACUGAACGUAUAAGCCAUGAACAGAAAACACAAUCCCAACGAUCCCAAAAUUCAUUACAUAUUGCCGUAAUUGGUGUACCCAACGCGGGCAAGAGUACCUUUAUCAAUAAUUUGAUAAAUCACAGGGUGUGCCCUACAUCUUCGAAAGUCCACACCACUCGGAAAGCUAGCAAAGCCAUUUACACAUCUGGGCAAACACAACUUGUAUUCUAUGAUACUCCAGGCUUAGUAACACCUCGAGAAAUUAAGCGCCAUAAUCUUGAACAAAAUUUCAAAAGUGCAUACAAACACGCCAUUCAACAUGCGGAUAUUAUUGCUUGUAUGCAUGAUGUUUCCAACUCGUGGUCACGAAACGCUUUACAUUCAACUGUUCUAGAGACAUUAAAUGAAUAUAAACAUUUACCCAGCUUUUUGAUUUUAAACAAAAUUGAUGCAUUAAAAUCAAAACGCGUGCUAUUAGAAUUAAUUCGCGUUCUUACAAAUGAUACCAUUAGCAGCACACAAUCAUUAUGGAGUCGUAAACAAAAAAACCGAUCCAAGAGAAUCGAAGAAACUCAAGAUAAGUCGCCCGCUUUAUCAGAAGAAAAGAAAGAAAAGGAUGUUAGUUGGAGUAAUUUCCAGGAGGUUUUUUUGGUAUCUUCACUAACUGGUAGUGGACUAAAUGAUAUCCAUGAUUAUCUUGUUAAGGUUGCUAAAGAACGCGCUUGGGAGUAUUCCAAAGGUUCCUUCACAGACGAAACUCCAGAGGCGAUUGUUGUUGAGAGUGUACGAGCCAGGUUAUUAGACUACUUACCUCAAGAAAUACCAUAUAACUUACAUAGUCAAAUUGAAUACUACUCCGAGGAGAAAGGCACUAUAUAUGCGUCAGUUGAAGUAACUUGCCCCUCAUCCCGCAUCGAACGUUUGAUAUGUGGAGAAUCUAAUGGAAAAUUGAAGCAAAUCACCGAACGCGUUACGUCCGAUUUAGUUGAAACAUUUGGAAAACCCAUAUCCUUAACCAUUGCCACCAGAAGCAAGAAAGCUAAUGAAAGUAAAAAAAUGUAACCAAAAAUAUAAAUAACAAAAUAUUUACUUCUU